AAUUGGUGGACAAGAUUUCCAGCAAUGGGUUCUCGAAGUUUGCCUGAAGAAACGAAGGAUGUGGUGUUGUGUAAGAAGAUAGUGGAAACUCUGGGUCUGGGAGGAGAUGUUGCUCAAAGAGUAUUGCUGGUUGGCGAAUCUGGAAUCGGGAAGACAAGGAUGGCACAGAUGGUAGACAAAGAAGCUGCUAAGGACGACUUGUGCUACCAGACUCUCUGGUUGCAUCUCAACAGGAAGUUUAAAGUCAACGACAAGUAUGUCAAGGAGAAGAAGUUUGAAGAUGAAUGGUCUCUUUAUGAGAACAUAGCUUCACAACUAUCUUUAUAUUCUGAUUUUGAAGAGACUGAAGUCGGUGAAAGAGAUGAAGAUGAGGAGGAGGAGAAGAAGGUGGAAGAUUUGCUAAAGGAUUUGAAGCCUAAGAUUGAGAAAUAUCUCUUGGAAAAGAAGGAAGCCGUUGAGGAAAAAUUGAAGGAUGACAAGAAGAAGAAGUUGAAGGAAGCCGCAGAUAAACUGGAGGCUGAGAGAAAACUGGUGGAUCCGCAUGCGAAAAAAGCUAAAGAUCCCGAGAAGAAGAAUCCAACGGAUGCCGGGAAGGAGAAAACGACUGAAGUAGUAGCCGGAGGAGAUACAUCAUCUGAAAGAAAGCCGUAUCUUCUUUUAAUUCUUGACGAUGAAGGAAUGACCAGUGAGUACGAGGUGAUGGUGCAUUUAGGCCUUGAGGAUUUUCUGAAAGAUCACACGCCUCGAAAAAUCUUUAUUACAAGAAGACAGGAAAAUGAGGAGGAUACAAAAUCUGGUGAGAAGAUUGAGGGGGAAGAUGAUUCGCAUUCCGCGGAAAAGAAAGAGGAAACCGAUGGUGAAGACGAAAAUAAAUCACGUGACACCGACACAAUCAAUGAGGAGUCGCAAGCUUUACUUGAAUCCUUCAAAGACAAGGAGGCAGAGGCUUUAUUUUCGUCCAUUUUCACAAUCAGGGAUAUGCCAGCAUUUUUCUUUGGAAACUUUCAUGAGACUGAUGAGGAACUGAUACCCCACAUGCUGAAAAAGAGCAAGAAUUUGCCGGCUGCAAUCGUCGUGCUCGCCAAGUCCCUAUAUUACACUGUUACGAGCGAGUCCUAUAAGCUUAAUAAGGAAGAAGAAGACAAGUUACUAAAAGAAAAGAUAGAAAUGGUUCUCUCGGCUGAGCGGAAUGUUCCAUCCGAUUCAGAAUCUAGUUCUGAGAACCCUAAGAAAGCAAGUGGAGAAAAUCCAAUCCUGCUUCUUGCAUACAAGCUGUUCAAAACCGACGGUCCAUUGAAGGAUACAAUAUUGGAUUGUUUUUGGCAUAGCUUGGACUUCUUUGAGCAUUGUGGUUGUGUUUACUACCGUGACCUGAUCACACAAUGGAUUCUUGAUGGCUACUUUGAUCCUGUUAGGUCUGUCGAAAAGGCGUACCAGAACGGUCAUUCUAUCUUCAUGGAGCUUAUAGACCGCGGAAUGCUGAAGAUACAAGAAAACAAUGUGGUGGUACCAGAGAUGGCGAUGAGAAAUGUAAUUGAUCCUCGACGUGGUGGGCAUUUAGGGAAAUCUCGGCUUGGAUUUUCUAGAGUCUAUGGUGGUAACAAGAAAAAAGGUAUAGGGAAAAUCACCCAGCUAGAUGAUAUGAUUAAAACAGUGCAAGCAAAGAAAGGAGACAAGAUUACCACGAUUCUGGUUAGUGGAGAUCGUCUGCGCCGUGAAACUCCUGCAAAGUUCUUUAAGAAGCUGAAAGAGCUUGAAGUACUUGGUCUUUUUGAACCCACACUGGAAUUUAAACGCAUAGAGCAACCUGUUGUCCCGUCUUUUACAGAUCAGCCCAAAACUCUUGUUGUCCCGCCUUUUACAGAUCAUCUCAUACUCCUCCGGGUUCUUGUGAUCAGGGACUGUGAUCUACUGGAAAGUAUUGAAGAGCUUAAGGCUCUUACAAAGCUAAACGCUCUUGAAGUUUCUGGUGCUAGCUCCCUGAAGAAAAUCUCUCCUGAAUUCUUCAAGUCAUUUCUUGAACUCCGAAGUCUUCACCUUUCUGGGCUUAAGAUCACAUCUUCCCCUUCCAGUAUUUCUGACCUGAAGGAACUUCACUGUCUCAUCAUCAAGGACUGCCCUUUAUUGGAAGAUCUGCCAAACAUACAGGAUCUACUAAAUCUCGAGGUUGUUGAUAUUUCUGGUGCUCAUGGGCUUCGAACUUGUUUCGACAACGCAGAAGGUAACAAGAAAAACAAAAGCAAAAACAAAAACUUUUAUCUUCUUACAAAACUUCAGCUUCUUGACUUCUCGGAGAGCCAAAUAGAGCGACUGCCAAUAUUCCAGGACUCUGCGGUGGCCGCCAAGCUUCACUCCUUGACUCGGCUCUUGUUGCGCAACUGUAGCAAAUUGAGAAGGUUGCCUAGUUUGAAGCCCUUGUCAGGACUCCAAAUUCUUGAUCUUUCUGGCACUACGAGCUUAGUGGAAAUGCUUGAAGUGUGCUUCGAGGAUAAGCAUGAACUCAAAACUCUUGAUCUCUCGGGAACUAAUCUUAGCGAGUUGGCUACCACCAUUGAGGAGCUGUCCGGACUCAACAAACUUCUCCUACGGAAUUGCAUCAACCUAGAUGCUAUCCCUAACAUCCAGAAACUCGAAAAUCUCGAAGUCAUUGAUGUUUCCGGCAGUGCCAAGCUGGAGAAGAUUGAGGGAUCAUUUGAGAACAUGUUUUACCUACGUGAAGUGAAUCUGUCUGGAACCAAAGUGGAGACACCAGAGUUGCCAAAGGAGACCAAAAUCCAUUGUCUGAAGCGUUUUACCCGGGCAGAUGGAGAGUAUUUUGAAGGUAAGGAUUGGAACGAAGUAAGGAGAAAAAUGUCAUGUGAUAGAUCUGAGAAAGCCAGUUCCUCUGAUGCAGUUGUUACAUCCCAAGAAAUCACAGAAAACAAGUCUGGAGAAACAGGAGAGAUUCAAUCAGAUGAACCUCGCGCCAGUGAUCGUACUGAGAAGGGAGAUGUCAGCAAGGAACGUCUUCUCAAAGUCCCCAAAGAGAGGGCUCUAUAUAAGAAGACACUAUCAUCACUUGUUGAUUCCGAAAUUCCACAAGAAGUCUUGGAGAUCAAUGAAACUAAUAAGCUAGAUGAGGAAGCACUAGCUAAUGCUGAGUUUGUGUCCUUUGUGGACUGUACUCCUGAAAGGCUCACAUCUAUCUUUAACAAAACCAAAUCGGUGAAGGGUUGCUGGCUAAGGAUGUGCUUUGACAUAAAAGAUCUUUUCGCUGGUGUGGAUGAGGAACACUUGAAGUCACUGGAGACUUUGUCGAUUACAAACCUUCUAUCGUUGGAGACUAUAAGCUCUGUCGGUAAGUUGGAGAAUCUGAAGAACCUAAGCUUAGAUUGCUGCCCGAAAAUCAAAACGAUUUUCCCGGAGAUGCCUGCCAGCCUACCAGUCCUGAAUUUAAAGCAUUGUGAGAAUCUGGAGAAAGUUGUUGUAGGAGUUGAAGUGUCAACUCACACUAAUCUGAAUUUGGAAGUGGAGAAUUGCCCAAAGUUCUACAAAAUCCUUCCAUCAUCGGAGACUACAAGCUCGGAAUACGUUAUGGUUGAGCUCAGUAAUGCACCACCACCACAAGAAUGCUGAUCAUAAAAGUAGCUGGAGCAAGAUACUGAACAUCUGGAUCGUUGUCGCCUCUAAAUCAUUUUCAUAUUUUUUCCUGCGUGUGGCUGAAGCUUUGUGUUGAAUAACGAACCGGCUUUGAAACAUCAUCUUACCGGUUAUGUUUUUACUGUUUCAUGUUUCUCUUUUAAGAUAUUUUCUGCUGUGAAAUCCCUGGCAUGGUGUUCUGUUCUUGUCUGGGUGAAUAAGACCAUUGUUUUGAU